GACACAUGCCUUUCUUUGUUUUUCUCAAGAGACAUGAUCGCUUCUGCCUUCUGCGUCUUCGUCCUCCAUCAUGCGUUGGUGCCUCCGUCCAGCGCCGUAAGUUCUUGUUCUCAGGGAUGUCGCUGUCUGCUGGAUACAAGAUACGUCAACUGCUCCUCUGGGAACUUCUCCGCUAUCCUCACCGACCUCCCGUCCGGCGCAGAGUUCUUGGAUCUGUCCCGGAACCACGUCACAGAGGUCCUCCCGGUCUCCUUCUGGGGUCUCCUGGGCCUGAAGGUGUUGGUCCUCAAAGAUAAUAUGAUCUCCUUUGUGGCCGAUGGAGCUUUUGCCAACCUCCAGAGUUUACACAAGCUGGACCUGAGUCAGAACCGGCUCUCAGUCCUUGGGGAUGGGUUCUCUGUGGGUCUGGGGUCCCUCAGGGAGCUCGUCUUGGCCCACAACAACCUCACCAUCCUGGAAAGCACAACCUUUGAGAACCUGGAUAAUCUGGUGAAGCUGGACCUGAGGGCUAACUUCAUCCGUUAUAUUAAACCCAGAGCUCUGAGCAGCAUGACGGCGUUACGCCAGCUGUGCUUGAAUGAAAACCACCUCACCGCUUUAGGCUUGGGCGCCGUCUCCAGCCUACGGUCGCUGGAGGUGCUGAAGCUUCAACGCAACCACAUCAGCGUGGUAGAACCAGGCGUGUUCUCCUCCCUCUGUCAUCUGACAGCACUAAACCUGACCUUUAAUAACCUCUCCAGGCUGGAAUUUAAGACUUUCCUGAGCAUCUGUGCGUCCAACGUCCACGUCGUCCUGGAGGGAAACCCCUGGUACUGCGACUGCGACCUGCAGAGGGUCUUUGGGAAGCUCGCCAACAUCCACCGCCUCUUCCUGGACGACUACCACAGACUACGCUGCAGCAAACCAGCUGAGUUGCAGGGCAGUUUGAUAGUGGAGGUGGCCCACGAACUGUGCGCUGGUGAGACCGUGACGGUUCUGAUUCUGACCUGCACGGUCCUGAUAACGGUGGUCGCUGCCAUCAUCAUGGGCGACAAGAACAAAGGACACAGGUUUGACAAAGACUGGACGGAGGAGCACGCCGGGUUGGACGCUUACUGUGAGAGUUAAGGGUGUGAUGAUAUAUUCAAAACUGUCAUUAUGUGCUAAAAAGGA